CGGUACAGUCCAGACCAAGCGUCACAUGACUCUCCUGACUUGAAGGAACGCUUAAACUCACUCCAAACCAGUUUUUGCUUAUUUAUGUGUUAUUAUUGUCUCACAACAAAUCUGCAGCGAUGCCGAUGCGUGGAGGACUCACCGACGUCAAAGAAGCUGAUGCCAGCGUCCAGCAGAUCUGCGAUCAAGUGAAAGCUCACGUGGAGCAAAAGGCAGGAGCAAAUUUUGGCGUUUUUACCGCGAAGAGCUACAAGACGCAAGUUGUGGCCGGAACCAAUUAUUUUAUAAAGGUCCAUGUGGGAGGAGAUGAUUAUGUGCACGUUCGGAUUUGGCAGAAACUCCCCUGCUAUGGUGGAGAACUCGAGCUGGCUAACAUUCAACACCCCAAGACCCACAGCGAACCCAUCGAGUACUUCUAAAAAGACCCUACAUCCAUCAAAAUAUCAGUGCCUAAAACUUUUAAAGUAAUCUGCCCCAUCAAUCCUUUGAUAUCUGCCAUGUAAUCAUUAUAACCCCUGUAGACUGUAGGCGUUCAUUUCACACUUUUGUACUAGAUAUAUGAAUAAUAAAAGCAGAUUUAUUCUGA